AUGUCUCAGGCUAAGGUGAGUUAAAAUACGAUGUUUUUUAGAGGCAGGGUAAGGCAAAAAAAAAAUUUUUGUCCGAGAACUUUUGUGCCAAAGAUAGACUGAUAAAGAAAAAUAAGAUUUUUUUUCAAAGUUUGAGUAAAAUACGAGUUUUAAAUUCAUUAUUUUCUUACUUUUUCAGCCAGACUACUCGAAACCAGGCCAGGUUUUGUCCCAGGCCCAGUUGGAGUUCUAUAAUAAGAAUGGUUAUAUUGUACUGAAAAAUGUGGUCUCAAAGGCUGAACUACAACGUUAUUUGUAAGUCUAUGACAGUAUAUUUGUAAUCGUUUAUUAUAUUUUUAAAAUUCGUACUUAGUUUUGCCAUAUUAAAUUUUUUAAACAUUGUACUUGAUAUUAGAGGCUGUUUUAAACAAAAUUAAAAUACGACCGGUAAAGUUCAAUAAAAAUAGGAACUUUUUAUGGAAAAUGGUGAAGAUUAAGAUGAUUUAUUAUAUCUGUAAAACGCUUUUCUAGAUUUUUACUGUAAAGAAAGUUAUUGCGAUUUUUCGACCAACCAUCGUGAUUUCUCUCAAAUUUUUGGGCUGGGCUUUAAUGACAAAGCAAAACAUGGGUUAAAAAACAUAAAAUUUGAAAAUAAUUAUAAGUUACUGAUAAAAUGAUAUCUUUGCUUUAAAAAUUUAUUUGCACUUUUUAAAAAUUUGUUUUGUAAAUAAAGUUAUUGCCGUUUUCCCUGAAACACUCCAAUAAAAAGCUUCUUUUGCUUUUUUGCAGCCUGCGGGUGACAAUUUAUACGAUGUUUCUAAUUUUUAUGUAAUUUGUUGUUUUGUAAAGAAAGUUUUUGCCAUUUUUUGUUAUGUAAAGAAAGUUUUUGCCAUUUUUUGUUUUGUAAAGAAAGUUUUUGUCAUUUUUUGUAUUGUAAAGAAAGUCUUUGCCAUUUUUUGUUUUGUAAAGAAAGUUCUUGCCAUUUUUUGUUUUGUAAAGAAAGUUAUUGCCGUUUUCCUCAACCAAUCCAAUAAAGCUCUAAUCUCCUUUUCAGAACCAGAUUCCGCCAGAUAUGUGAAGGAAAGAACGUUCCAUCCGAGAUGAUAGUGAUGCGUGAUGUUGCUAUAGCCCAGUCCGAGUUCAAAAGUGGCGAGAAGGCUAUAACAAAGCUUCAGGACUUCAACUUCGACCCAGUUUUGUUCGAUUUUUGUCGAAAUCAGUCGAUUUUGGACGUGGUAAACGACUUGAUUGGCUCUGACGAUGGUAAUAUCAUGUCUAUGCACACGAUGUUGAUCAACAAGCCUCCGGAUUCUGGAAAGCUGACUUCAAGACAUCCGCUGCAUCAGGAUUUACAAUAUUUUCCGUUCAGGCCGGCUGAUUACAUUUGCUGUGCCUGGACUGCCAUGGAGAAGGUGAAUAGACAGAAUGGAUGUUUGGUGGUGGUGCCUGGAAGUCACAAGGGAAGAUUGCUGGAUCAUCAUUAUCCGAAGUGGGAGGUAAGGAAGUUUUUAUACUGUUAUAUUUUGUUUUGGCGGGGAUUUUGGACUGGUGAGGAGAAGGAGAUAAGAGCGGUUAGACAGGGUAAAUGUGAGGGGGGGGAGAGAUGAUACAAAAAACGGGCGAGUAAGCAGGGCAGGAUGAGUGGAAAAGUGGAGGAGGGGGUAGUUUAAGGGACUAGGCAGGAAGGCAAGGGAAUUGGUAGGGAAUGGUAAAUAGAGGGGAGUAGACCUGGGUAAGUAGGGAGGGGUAAAUAUAAGAGGGGGGGGGGCUGGGAGGUAAGGGGAGAGUAAAAAAAUCUUUAACUUUUACAUUUUUUUCGAUUUGGUGCGGGCGGAGUAAAACUUUUUUCAAAAAAUUUUUUUGGGGGGGGGCGGGGGGGUUUUACCCUGCCCAAAGUUUUAAAUUGCUCAAUAAACCAUACCCCUUCUCUACCGCAUCUUAUCUUUCCUGCUUUGUAUUCCCUUGCCUUGCAUUGCCUCACCCUGUCUUGUCUUACUCUCAUCUGUCUUAACCUGCCCUGCCUUACUCUGCAUUGCCUUGCUUUACUCUGCUUUGCCCGCCUUACGCUGAUCUGCCUGCCCUGUUCUGCCUUGCCUUACCGUGCCUCACCUUACCUUACCCUUCUUUACUUUUGUUUGCUUUACCUUGCUCUGUCUUCCCAUUUCUUGUCUUACCCUGCCCUGCCUUACCCUGCCCUACCUUAAGCAACUCUCUCUUACCUUUUGUCUAAUUAAAGUUUUUUUAGGGCGGAGUAAACAAAGCCUACUACGGUAUUCAAGACUACGAUCCAAACACGAAGAAAGUCUAUGUCGAAAUGGAAGCCGGGGAUACUGUAUUCUUUCACCCUAUUCUAAUCCAUGGUAGUGGUACUAACCGUACUGAUGGCUUCAGGAAGGCCAUCUCAUGUCAUUAUGCUAAUGGCUCCAAGUGUAACUAUAUUGAUGUUACUGGUACUAAUCAAGAGGUUUUGGCCAAGGAAAUCGUGGAAAUGGCCAAGGCCAAGUGUCUAAAGAGGGGUAUUGAGUGGCCGAAUUGGAGUUUCGCCGACGUUUGGAGGGUCCGAGGAAGACCGGUCGGUAAUGACCGGGCUCAUUUAUAG